AUGAAAAGCUCUGCCCAAAUAGAGACAAAGUAGGUCAUUCUGAUUCCCAUCCUUGGAAAAGUCAACUAGGACAUCACGAGUGACUAAGACAGGACGAACACAGACUGAAUGCACACAGACAGGCAGUGCAGUCAGGGCUGUGAAGGGCUGUUAGAAGCUCAAGACAUGAAUAAGCUGAAACUGGGAGGAAGCAGAAACGUUGCACAGGCUACAGCUACAAGAUAGGGAAAAUCACGAGGUGAGAAAGCAUGUUGGCUAAAAGUGAGAGGACACAGAGCAGCAGAAACCCCAGAACCAGCCAAGUUACAAGAAUGGCAAAGCGUGUGAAGGUACACCAGGUCUGAACGCAGCACAGUCCCCACGGGGCCCAGUCACCCAAAUCCCUAUUGGGCUCCCAUGUGAUCCUGUCUCCCUCGCUCCCUCAGAUGGCCUUACUGUAACCUCCUUUUCCUGGGCUCAGUGGAGGGAGUGACUCUUUGUGUUGCCAGGAGUGCCAAACCAACCCCAGGCUCAUGAGAGCUAUCUCCCCAGCCUCCUGCAGAGGCAGGACAGGUGCGUGAGGAUCUUUCCUUGGGACAGGGGAAAUGAGAGUCCUAGACUGUAUUUUGCUUUGGAAUAUAUUGCUUUGCUUAAUGAAAUAAUGCAGCUUUGUGGUGGUCAGCUCCUAGGGAAAGGGCAGGGGUGGAGAAGGACAGAGAGCACAAAUGGAGAGACAAAUGGACAAUAAUUUUUAGUCGAGACUGUGCUUAUGCUGAUCCUUCCCUCUUGCCCAAAUCCCAGCCACCCUUCAUGUUACCUCUUCCACAGAACCUUCCCCAGUGGCUCCGACCACAGCAACACCAACACUCUUGACAAUGAUUUGCUUUAUGGGCCCUAUUUAUAUUGCCCCAUAUCCACACUUUUUACCCUGUGUCUUUGCAAUUCUUCCCACUAAAGGGAUGGAGUACAUUUCCCCAUACUUUGGCUUUGAGUUUGGCCAUGGGACCAUCUUAUGCUAUCUUAUGUCAUCUCUGUAAGAACCCAUCUCUAAAUAAAAGUCACAUUCUAAGAUAUAAAUUUGGGGGGCACAUAAUUCAGCCCAUAACAGGGUUUUUGGAGCUAAUUAUGACUCAUCUCAAGCCAGGCUGCAUUUAAAAGAGGAAUCCAAGAGAGUAGAUUUCAAGUGGUGGAAUUCUAGUUUUCAAAGCAGUCCCUGGUGGGGAGGGGGUGGGUGCAAAGGCCCAUCCUGUAGUUCUGAAUAAUGGCACCUCAGAGGUGUCACACCCUCUGCCAGAGGGGCCCUAGCAACUGGUAGAAUGUGGGUUAUUAUGAGGACAGGGGAUUGUGAUGGUGGCUGGGCUGUGGAAUCUGAUGAGGCCAAAUGUUACUGCCUCAGAAGAUGUCCUUUGGCCCCAACUGGCAGCACUGUGGUUUUUUGGAUGGCGUCAGAGGACAGGGAGAUGAUGGAAGGUCGGGGGGCAGGAGAAAGCUGCCCAAACUUCCCCAAGAUGGUGCCUGAUGACCCCAUGUCGGAAGGGAAGGCAAGGGUCUCUUUGCCUCAGGAGGCAGAGUCCCCGAAGCCCGACUCCUCCUACGACUACCUGGAGGAGCUAGAAACUUGUGAGGACGGAGGCUGCCCAGGGCCGCCUAAGUCACUGUCCUCCAAGACUGGCCCCGCCACCACCAAGGGACAGGCGGGCGAUGGACCUGAACUCGCGGAGCUGCUCCCUGCCCAAGGCUCGGCGGCGGCUCCAGGGACCCCAGGGCCCGAGAGCAACGCUGAAAUGGAGCUGGAGAAGAUGCGCAUGGAGUUCGAGCUCACGCGGCUCAAGUACGUGCACGAGGAGAACGAGCGCCAGCGGCAGCACGAGGAGGUGAUGGAGCAGCUGCAGCAGCAGGGGGCACCCCGCCUGUUCUCGGGAGGCUUCCAGGACCUCCUGCUCCCCAAGAACCAGUUCGCAAUGUUCCUGUACUGCUUCAUCUUCAUACACAUCAUCUACGUCACCAAGGAGAUGGUCUUCUUCCUCUUCUCCAAGCACUACCUGUUCUGCAUCGCGGCCAUUUUGCUCUGUUUGAUUAAAACUUUAUGGUCAUACUUCCAAGUGCCUCUGCUCUCUCUGUCACUGGGACCCUCCUCCCCCUACAUGUGCCUCCUUCCCAUCAGGGCUUGCUGUUAGGAAAGUUUUGAUGUCAACCACUUACACCUUAGUGUGAAGAAACAUGUUCAAGCCUUGAACUGAGCCUGAGUUCUUUCUAUGGAUCAAGAUGCUUUACUCCCCGAGAGGAGGGCUUUAGAUGGUAGCAAGUUAGGGAGGUAUCUGUGGGGAGAAGGGGUUUAGAAAGCGCUUCCAGAAUCAUGGAAGUCACACCAUGACUGGGCUGGCUUGGGAUCCACCACAUCUACUCACUUGCAUAGAUCUUUCUGAGAUGUAGGGAGCUGUGGCAGGCUUGGGGGAAGGCCCCCCACAGAUGUCCACGUCCCAGUCCCCAGAGUCUGUAAAUAUGUUAUCUUCCAUGGUGAAACAGACUUUGAGGUGUGAUUAAACUAAGGGCCUUGACAUGAAGAGAUAAUCCUGGUUUAUCCAGAUGAGCAUGGUGUAAUCGCAAGGGUCUUCUAAGAUGGAGGCAGGAGGGUGAGAGGCAGGGGAGGAGAUAUGCGGCCGUGGAAGCAGAGGGUGGAGGGGUCCAGGGCCAUGAGCCAAGGGAGGCAGGCAGCCUGUAGAAGCUAGGAAAGCCAAGAAAGGGGGUUCUUCCCCAGAGCCACCAGGAAGAAUGCAGCCCUGCCAAACCCAUUUUAAACUUCUGACCUCCAGAACUGUAAAAGAAUAAAUUUGAGUUGCUUUAAGC